AUGGAGGACCAAGGAGGACUGACGGACGAGGCCGCGUCUGCUGCCUGCACAGACGGGGAACCCAUCACCAAGGACUACAUGAUGCAGCAGACGAUGCUGAGGGUCAAAGAUCCGGCGAGGUCUCUGGACUUCUACACUCGUAUCCUGGGCAUGACCUUGCUGCAGAAAAUCGACUUCCCCUCGAUGCGGUUCACGCUCUACUUCGUCGGCUACGAGGACAAGUGUGACAUCCCGGCCGACAUCAAAGAGAGGACGGCGUGGACGUUCUCUCGCCGGGCCACCAUCGAGCUCACACAUAACUGGGGUUCAGAGUCAGAUGACAGUCUGUCGUACCACAACGGAAACAACGAACCAAGAGGAUUCGGUCAUAUUGGUGUUGCUGUUCCUGAUGUUUACGCCGCCUGCAAAGUGUUUGAAAAGCAAGGAGUGAGUUUAAUUAAGUCUCCAAUCACAGGUAAGAUGAAGGACCUGGCCUUCAUUCAGGAUCCUGACGGCUACUGGAUCGAGAUCUUGAGUCCGAACAACAUGGUCACACUGAUGUCACCAAAAGAAGAGACUGUUAAGGCCGGAGAACGCUGCUGA